AUGGAACCCUCUCACAAGAACUCCCGAACUGAACACCCGGAGCCCGUCCGGAGGCUUUCCCCCCGGAAGGAGCGACAACAGGUGCAGGACGAGCUGGACCUACUACUGGAUCCUGAGGCGGACAGGUACAUUGCUUCCCCCUUUGCGCUCGAUAUUAAGGACUACCAACUACCCGCGAAAUUCAAAAUCCCAAACAUGAAAUCUUAUGACGUAACUACGGAUCCGGAAGACCACCUGUUCGUGUUCAUGACGCAGAUGCGCUUACAAACGGCCGCGGAUGCGGUCAGGUGCAAGACUUUCCCGAUGUUCCUGGAAGGAAGAGCCCGGCAGUGGUUCCAGGGACUUCCUCCUAGGUCGAUCAGGUCUUUUACCCAGCUCGCACGACUGUUCUCAGCACAGUUCGUUUCUUCGCGAGCCUUCUCUAAGAGCACCGCUCACCUCCUGACCAUCCAACAAAGGACUGAGGAAUCACUGCGCGAAUACAUGGUGCGGUUCAAUAACGAAUCCCUCCAGGUCCGCGACCGAGACGACAAGGUGGUGAUGGCUGCCUUCAUUAACGGGCUGCGGAAGCAGAAGCUAUACACUGAGCUCGUGGAGAGACCGCCCAAGUCAGUCCGGGAGAUGCUGGACCGAGCUCACGAGAAGGCCAAUGCUGAAGAAGCCAAUCGCUUGAAAAGCGCGCAGGAGAGGCAAAGGGACGACAAACGCCGAAGGAUCACCGACCAGGGAGACGUGCGACGUGACCAGGGGCGAAAGAAUACCUAUAACCCUCCGCCGAGAAGCCGGCCCCUGGGGGGAGAUAAGCCUUGGACUUCCCUCACGGCCCCCAGAGCUCGGGUCCUUGCGGUGAUGGAGCAGGAGGGGCUUUCCCGACCUCCCCGACCCUUGGCCGGGGACAAAGGUAGACGGGAUCAGACCUCUACUGUGCAUACCACCGAGAUGUGGGGCACGAUACCGAGGACUGCCGCCACCUUAAGAAGGAAAUCGAAAAGCUGA